UUGACAGUGGCUGCCAGCCUCCAUUCUCUCUGACAGUUAGUGAGCUGCGUCGCAUUCUCAGCAUGGCAUCUGAAGAGCUGGCUAGGAAGCUGCAGUCGCGCCUGUCCGCUACCCAGGAGGUUGAGACGAGGCCGGUCCCACCCAGACCGCAGGAGCCGGAGGCAGCCGGAGGAGACUCGUCCUCCGAGCUGUCCGCCAAACUGACCCGCAGGCUGGACAUCAACGAGGGCAACGCUGCUCCUCGACCGACCCGUGUCUUCAACCCUUACACGGAGUUCAAGGAGUUCUCCCGCAAGCAGAUUAAGGACAUGGAGACGAUGUUCAAAAGGUUAGGCAGACAUGCAUGCGUCUGGUGGCCAGCAGCAAUUUCCCAGAAGCUGACAUCUGUAAGGAGAUAGAGCAGGAGACAGGCAGUGUCCACAACCUCGCGACAGUCAGUGUCAGCACCCAGACUGAUCCACUUGAACAGGAUACAGAAGAGGGAGGCAAUAAGCAGUACAUUUGCACAGGCACUUUGACAGAUGACAUACUUAACAACCACAUAUUAAAAAAUGACCGUUCAUAUUGUACUUCUGUGAAAGGUCUCUCCCCAGCUACGGCAUUGUCAUCUCAGCAAGAUCUGGACCUUAUCAGUGAGGGCUGUGAAGAGUCUGAGGUAGAAAGUUUAAUGGAAGAGAGUCAAGAUAAUCCCAAUGAUGAUGAGUUUGAGUUGGGUAGUGAGGAAAGCAUCAGUGAUGAGGAUCAGAGUUUCAGGGAUGUUGAGGAUGAGGAACCAAAUGGCUCACGAGAGCGAAAAAGUAUUGUGUCGACAGGAGAAUUGUUGAAGCUCUUUCAUGUGUGUCAUUGGGAAGGCUGUGGCAAAUGUUUGGUGAGGCCACCGACAGAAUCCAAAAGUGGAUUUGGGCUUAGGAACAAUACAGAAUGCAUUGAUGGCCAUGACUAUGUGGCAUUCUCAGCCUUUAGUUAGAGGAAUUAUGGAAUGCAAUGUUUCUGUCCCUGCUGCUGUAUUUGUCACUGGAAAUGAGAGCAGUCCAUUCAUGGAGGUGUGCGACACCAUUGGUCUGGAAACCAUCUCAAAAAGACAGUGGUUCAACAAACAGAAGGCUUAUGUCAUCCCAGAGGUCAACAAUACCUGGACAGUACACAAUGAGGCUGUACUGAGUGCCAUAGGUGAUGAGCCACUCAUUGUGUCAGGAGACUCCAGAUAUGACAGUCCAGGUCACAACACCUCAUAUGGAACCUACUCACUCCUGGACAUCAAGUCGAAGUUGGUGGUGGCACAGGAAACUGUUGAAGUCACAGAGGUGAAGAACAGUUAUUGGCUUGAGGUGGAUGGUAUGGAGAGGUGCCUUUCCAAGUUGGGAGAAUAUGAUGUGACCAUAUCUGUUUUGGCAACCGACUGCCACCCAUCAGUGCAGAAAGUCAUGCGUCAGGAACAUAAAUCUAUACAGCAUGAAUAUGACCCCUGGCACAUUGUUGAGUCUGUCAAAAAACGACUGCUGCAAUGCCACAAUGAAGAGUUGUUUGAGUGGAUCAGAAUGAUCACAAUCCACCUCUGGUUUUGCGUCACAACAUGUGAGGGAAGUGUGACAAAGUUGAAAGAGAAGUGGAUCUCAAUCCUGCAUCACAUAACCAAUGUGCACCACUGGGUAUUUGGUGAGACAAUGACCAGGUGUGAGCACCCUACCUACGCCCAUGAAAUAGAGUCAGCAUCCAUGGCUCCUCCCUAGCUAUGCUGCCUUUCAACACCUGCAGAAGAUAGUGCUUGACAAGCAGCUCCUGAAGAAAUUGGAGAAAACCACACAGGGCAUUCACACAGGACAGCUAGAGAGUCUUCACUCCCUGUACAUGAAGUACGCCGCAAAGAGGAAGAAAUUUCUGAGGGAGUUAAUAUAAGUCAACAUAAACACCAGUACUCCAAGUCUGCUCAACAGUAUGUGGUGACCCCACUGAAGGUGGACAAGGAUUAUACCUUCAGGAAGGAACAUAGUGGCAGGAGUGAUCAAUAGGUGUAAGUCGACAUCCAUCCGGGCAACAUUGCAGGAGCUGAAAACGGAGACUGUUAUCACGCUGGCCCAGCACAAAGGUGUGGAAAAACCAGAGAAAGUGGUGUCUGUUGCCAAGCAUCUGAGCAGAUUCGCAUCCUCACAGCACCGUAACACAGCUGACUGAGGAAGAGCAGAAGAAGAAGAACAACAACACAAAGUUCCUCAACAUUUUAAAGUGACUAACACUAUCCUAUACAUUGACAAAAAUUAAUUUCCUUGAUUGUUCCAUGAUUACACUGUAUAUUAGAAUUAAUUUAGAGAAAAAAAUUUUUCUAAAUGAGUUAGAUGGAUUUGCAUUACUGUAGGAACACUGCAGAGUGUUUAUGAAGGUAUUUUUGUGUUUUUUUUAAUGCAAGCAAAAAAAAUA